UCGCUGGAUACCUAAAAUAAGCGUUAGGCCCCUUCCAUGUGAUAAUGACAGGCCUGACAAAUGAUUUGUUUUUCAAGCUGCAGUGUGUGAGAACACUGCCAGAUUCCUGGUGAGCAGCAGCGAUCGUUGCCCCCUGAUAAACACCACAGCAAGAAAAUAUAUCUCCCAGCCGAGCCUUCUCUUCACAGUGCAACAGGUGAACAGUCAGAGCUCAGAAAUCGGACUCUAACCUGCCUGAUUGCAGCAAAACUCCUUGGAAGCAAAACAAAAACCAGCUCUCAAAAAGACCGGUUCUUUUGCCAAGUUCGUAAACGCUUUACUUGUCCAGCAGCGGAUUUUCAGAAAAGCGCAGCUGAUAAAGAUUUUGAAAGUUGAGAAAUGAAAAGUGCGGCAGCCUCUCAAAGCAUGCUUUGGCUCAAUCUCCAGGCAUUCCUGAUAUUCCUGGCUGUUUUCUUCCUCGUGACUGUGGUAAUCCGGAGCAAAAGGACCAACAAUCUCCCUCCAGGGCCCUCUGCCUUCUCUCUCGUUGGAAACAUCUUCUACCCUGACCAGUCUGCUCUACAUGAGCUUUCCAGGAAAUAUGGGAACAUUUUUACAACACAUAUCCUGUGGUUACCGAUCAUUAUUCUGAACGGCUUUCAGACAAUCCAGGAGGCACUGACCCAGCAUGGCACAGAAUUCGCUGGGCGACCGUACUUGCGUAUCACUGACCUUUUGUCACAAGGUCAAGGUAUUCUAAUGGCUCCCUAUGGCAGGUCCUGGAAACAGCAGCGCCGGGUCACCCUGACUGUUUUGAGAAACUUUGGCUUAGGGCAAUUUGCCUUUGAGGAAAGAAUAUUGGAAGAGGCCCAUUAUUUGGCUGCAGCUUUUAGAGAAUAUGAGGGGUCUCCCUUUGAUCCCCAAGCCAUCAUCACCAAUGCUGUUUCCAAUGUGAUCUGCAAAUUCAUCUUCGGCAAGCGUUUCGAUUACGAGGACAGGACAUUCAUGAGACUCGUCGCAUUGUUCAAUGAGGCCCUGAAACUUCAGGCAGGAUUCUGGGCCAUGAUGUGUUAUGCAAUUCCCAACAUGCAUCAUGUCCCAGGGCCUCAUCAGAGAAUCUUUAAAAACAAGGCUGAAAUUGAAGCUAUUCUCCAGGAUUUCAUCCAGCAGCACAAAGACUACUCACUGGAUGGUGAAGAGAUCCGGGAUUUCAUCGAUGCCUAUCUGCUGGAAAUGGAAAAGGAGCGUAACUUCCCUGGUUCGUGUUUGCUGGAUGGAAACCUGUUGUACAAUACUUACGACUUAUUUCUGGCUGGUACUGAGACAACAGCAACCACACUCCGCUGGGCUCUUCUGUAUAUGAUGGCUUAUCCAGAUAUACAAGCAAAGUGUCAGAAGGAGAUUGACCAGGUGAUCGGCAGCUCCCGCGUCCCAUCUUUGAGCAAUAGGCCCGACAUGCCAUAUGUUAACGCUGUCAUUCACGAGAUCCAAAGAUUUGGCAACAUUCUUCCGUUUGCAGUCAGUCAUGCUACAACACAAGACACUGAAUUUAUGGGAUACACAUUGAAAAAGGGCACUAUUGUUUUAAUGAACCUGUCAUCAGCCUUGCUUGAGGAGAGCCAAUGGAAGCAUCCAAACCAGUUCAACCCCGAGAACUUUCUGAAUGAAAAAGGAGAAUUUUUCAAACCAGACGCAUUCAUCCCUUUCUCAAUGGGUUUGCGAGCGUGCCUUGGGGAGAAACUAGCCAAAAUGGAGCUGUUCCUGUUCUUCACCUCGCUGCUUCAGAAGUUUGAGUUUCAUUGGCCUGACAAAACCACACCUCCAGACCUCAAAGGCUUGUUCAAAAUCGUGCUGACACCACAACCAUAUAAGUUGCAGCUAAGGAAUAGGAAGGUGCAGAAUGAUGACCCGUGAGCUGCAAUGUUGUGGAUUUCUCUUCAGAUAAGGCUUGUGAUUCGAUGGUAAGGAGGUGGAUCAUGCUGUGCUUUAUCUCAUGAUCAGCAGUGCAGAGGUUGGUUGACAUAUAUUUGAUUGGGAGUGGGCUAAUUGGCCCUUCUAGAUCCAUGCCACCUUCAUGGCUGCUCUGUAACCAACUAUGCUGACCCCAUUCUUUAUAUAUCUCUCAGUUAGAAAAAAAUCUAUUAAUCGAAACCUUCCUUUACUCACUGACAACCACAAGCUGCAGGGAGAUGUGGUGGUUUUCAGCAACGGAGAUUUGAUUUUUGAAUCCUUUAUUUGAAUCCCAGUCAAAACUGGGACCAUCGAAAGGGGACAGCCAUUAACCAACACAAUAGGGAGCUCCAGAGAAUCCUCUUUAUGUGAAGCGUGGUGAGAAUUCUGAUAUUAUACUGGGAAUUAUCAAAAGAGGCUGGGCACUUUGCAAGUCAUAGGGCUGUACAGCACGGAAACAGACCCUUCGGUCCAACUGAUUCAUGCUGACCCGAUAUCCUAAAUUAAUCUCGUCCCACUUGCCAGCAUUUGGCCCGUUUCCCUCUAAACCCUUCCUAUUCAUGUAUCCAUCCAAAUGCCUCUUAAAUGUUAUAACUGUACCAACCUCCACCACUUCCUCAAAUGGUUGACCUUCAGACCCCUUUUAAAUCUUUCCCCUCUCACCUUAAACUUAUGCCCACGAACUUUGGACUCCCCUACCUGAGGAGAAAAAUCUUAGCCACUCACCUUAUCCAUGUUCCUCAUGAUUUUAUAACCUCUAUGAGGUCGCUGCUCAGCCUGCGAUGCUCCAGGGAAAAUAGCCCCAGCCUAUUCAGCCUCUCCCUUUAGCUCAAACUCUCCAACCCUGGUAACAUCCCUGUAAAUCUUUCCUGAACCCUUCAAGUUUCACAACAUCUUUCCUAUAACAGGGUGACCAAAACUGUACACAAUACUCCAAGUGCAGCCUCACCAACGACUUAUACAGCUGUAACAUUACGUGCCAACUCCUGUACGCAAUGCCUCGACUGAUGAAGCUCAGCAUACUAAAUGCCUUCCUCACCACCCUGUUUACCUGUGACACUGCUUUCAAUGAACAAUGUACUUGUACUCCUAGAUCCCACAACACUCCUCUGGCCCUUACCAUUUACUGUAACAAACCAACCCUGGUUUGACUUUCCAAAGUACAACACCCCACACUUAUCUGUAUUGAAUUGCUUUUGCCGAUCCUCAGCCCACUUCCCCAUCUGAUCGGGAUCCCUCUGUAAUUUUUGAUAACGCUCCUCACUAUCAACAAUACCUCCUAAGUUUGUAUCAUCCACAAACUUACUAACCACCCCUUGUACAUUCACAUCCAGCUCACUUAUGUAUUUACAUACAACGGCCCCAGGAUAGAAUCAAACCCCGGUCACUGGUGCUGUGAGACAGCAGUGCUAACCCACUGAGCCACCAUUGUCCAGCUUGAUGAGAGCACAGCUCUAUGGACUGGUAGGAUUACAGUGACUUCAUUCUUUUCUAUUCUCACUGACUGCUGGCUACUAGUGCUCUAGGAAUGUUUACAAAAACAAGAAGGACUUGCACUAAUGUAACACCUUUUGAGCCGACAGAAUGUCCCACAGCACUUGCAAGGCAAUGAAGUAUUUUUGAAGAUGGCCUAGCAAACAUGCAAAAGAGGAGCAUGGGAUUUUUAAUUGAAGACAGCGAACCUUGCCUUGGCGUUAACAUAGCAUCAGGGUGACUGCUGACAAUGCAGCAGGCCCCCAGCAAUGCAAAGUAAUUGCAGCUUCAAAUGCUCUAGCAGGACCCAAAGCUCUGACACUCCAGCUCGGCACCAACAGCAUUAGCCACAGCAGCUGAAGCACAAACGUUUCAGCUCCCAUGCCUCCAGAAGGGAGCAGCAUACAAUCACAGUUCAGGAUCUUGCAGGAGAAGGAUCUAACUGAAGCAUUGCUUUACUUUGCAUCUGAAAAUUUCAUAUCGAAAUUGGCUUAUCAAAGGCUAGCUAUUGUGACUGGCUCUGAAACAUUCUCUCCUCCACGCUCACUGACCAUAAGCAGCUGUACUGUUCCCUGGUGCUGCAUUCUGAUAUCCUAGGACACAUCUCCCCCUGCUGGCUCAGGACAGAUGUAAGCCUGAUAGCCUUCUCUCGGUGGCCAAAACAAAAUCUUCCCUCAUUUUUCAGCCUUUGCGGACUGAAUAUGAGGUUUUUAUUUUUAGAUGGAAAUACUGAAGGACUGACCUUUGAUAUAUUAACAAACCUAGCCUGAUAUAGGACCCCAUACAGUAAGGAACAUACUAUUCAGCUAGACAAGAAGCUGGAGAGGGUUCAGAGGAGAUUUACCAGGAUGUUGCUGGGCACGGAAGGUUUGAGUUAUAAAGAAAGGCUGGAUAGGUUGGGACAUUUUUCCACUGGACCUGAGGAAAUUGAGAGCUGACAAUACAGAGGCUUAUAAAAUAAUGAGGGUUAUCAAUAGGGUUAAUGGUAGUUGUAUUUCCUCUAGGAUGGGGGCGUUUCAAGACUAGGGGGGCACAUUUAUAAGGAGAGUGGAUAGGGGUUUAAAAAAGACAUGGGGCAAUUUUUGUUUACACAGAGGGCUGUUCUCAUGGGAAUGAACUUCCUGAGGAAGUGGUGGAUAUGAGCACAAUUACAAUGUUUUUAACAAAAUUUGGAUAUGUACAUGAAUAGGAAAGGUUUGGAGGGAUAUGAAACAGGAGCAGGAUGCAUUUAGUUUGGGAUUACGGUCAGCAUGGACUGGUUGGACCGAAGGGUCUGUCUCUGAGCUGUAUGUCUGUGUGAGAUCAGAAAGACUCACUCGACCUGUGCUGAGCCAGUUCCCUGGAUGAUCACCCUUAACGAGCACAGUGCUUAGUCCUGGACAUCUCCCCCAUUGUAACCAGUGCAGGCCAUCACUCACUUAUAUUGGCCUUUGCCUGGAAUUCAACAGUACAAGGAAGAUAAGAUGGGAUCCAAAUGGCCAAAAUAUACUGAAACACUUUGCACUGAAUCAUUGCAACAUAGCCCACCUUCCAAAGUGACACUGUUCUUCCUCUCCAGUUUGUAUUUAUUCCGAAGAUGUAGGGCAAUACGGGCUGCUUCAUUUUGCAGAUGGGACACACAGCUAUUACUUAGUGUCGAUUGUACAGGGAGUGGAUAUUUGUGGACGUGGUUCCAACUCUGUAUGGGCUGCCUUGUCUUGGAUGGUGUCAAGCCUCUUGGUGUUAUUGGAGCUGCACUUCGCCAGGCAAUUGGGUAGUAAAGGUAAAUCGUACCAGACCAUAGGACUGCUCUCUCGUGAGUGAAAGACAGCUGAUGGUGGUUUAACAUGAGGGUCAUUGCUCCUCAGGUGAGGGGAGUUGAUAAAAAGAAUGCUUCACGGUGAGCUCAGAUGGUGCAGGAAUUGAACCCACACUAUUGGUGUAAUGCUGCAUCUCAAAUGAGCCAUCUGCCUAACUGAGCUAACCCUGCUCCAUCAAACACCUGACCUGUGUCUUGUCAAUGAUGGGUUGGCUCUGGGGAGUCAGGAGGCGAGAUCUUUUCUUCUCUCCUUUUAUUAAUGGUAGAUGAUCCCCCCCCUUCUCCAUUUCCUCCUGGCACUAUCCCAUUCCUCUUCCAAGUCAGCUGAAGUUAAGUAUCUCACCGCUGUACCUUGCCAUCUGCUCUGGAAUCUUUCUGUUCUCCUCCCUGAGAAUCCCAUCUCCAUCACUCGCCUCCCAUUUCCUUUAUCACAUAUCCCUUUAAAACAGGUGAUCCCACCAUUUCAGUCCCUUCCUUGCUGCUUUCCUUACUGCUUCCAUUAUCCUUCACAAACCCCCGAUGCACUGGUUCCUGAUUUUGUGCCCAGCCCAGCUCCCGAACCUUAUUAGUGCCCAGUUCUCAUCCCUCCUUCCUUGAUGUUUACCAGGUUUCUGUAUGAUUCAGCCACUGUAGUGUAAGUUCUUCCUUUCAGCUUUGGUACAACUGUUCUAUCUUAAAAACAAGCCAUUGCAUUUCUAUUUCCAAUUACUCCAACCAGAGGUAAUCUCAACCAAAAAAAACACUCUUGUAGCUCAACACAGUGAAAGCUUAAUACCAUAUAAUACCAACACAUAACACAUAAUACCAACAGAUUUAAUAUUAGCUUCUUCCCCAUUGUUUUUCAACUUCUGAAUGGACCUCUCAAAUUUCAAAUUUAAUUUUUAUCUCAGUCUUGGUGCACCUUCUCUGCAGCCGUAACAUUGUAUUCCUCUCUGUGUUCUGUUGCCAUAAUGCACUUUGUAUCGUACGAUCUGCCUGUAGUCCAUGCAAAACAAAACUCUGCGCUGUACCUAGAUACAAGUGACAAUAAUAAAUCAAGUCAAAUCAAAAACACAUUUAGAAUUCUCCACACAGUUGCCUAUGGAUGUCAGGAAAAAGACGUCAAUGCUUCUACAAACGUAUUUCAGAAAAAGAGCCAAAAUGACCCAGCAUGUUACAGAGCAGUGAAGUGGCCCCAUUUUAGGUAGAGUUAUAUGGACCCUUAUUAAAGAAAGAUAAAAUCACAAAGUCUAAUGACAAAAAUAAAUAAAGCUAUCACAGUGGAUUGCCAAUAUGGAUUCCUCAGGGGGUAUUUUCCUGUCCAGUUUGUUUGUUUUCAUUGAGGGUGAGGUAUGGAUGUAAUGGGAUUUCAUUAAUAUCUUCGGCUCACACAAAUCAUUUUUAAGCAUUCAAGCUUUUCAGGGAUGCCUCCAAUCUUCUCAAUUUCAAAUCUCAAAUUGCCUCACAUUUUGUUACCUCUGUAACCUCCUCUAUGAUGGUACAUCUGACAGUGUGUGCAUCAAUAUACCUUUAAGAGACUUGACCAUUACUGUAUCAUAACAUGAGACCUGAGGGCAUGAAGAUCUCAGACUCCAUCUUACCUCAGAUCACAGGAAGCAUGACACUCUGCAGAAAGUGGGUUGCUGUGUUGUAAACUAAGAACUUUAAUGUUAGCCCAGGUACUUAUCUGCUCGAUGAAUGUAAUAUUUGCGUAUAAUUGCUUUCUGUCAUUUGGAUUCUUCAAUAAAUUGGUAAAUGAAAUGAA